CUUUAAGUAGUAGUAAUGGAUGUAUUUGAUGGGACAUACGGAAUGUAUAACUCUAAGCAGAACACAAAUACUCCCCUAAAGAAAUUUGUGGUCCCUUCCAUAAAGGUGUGCUUCUGGAGAAUCAGGAAGCAGUGGAAAAUGCAUGGACGACUGAAGGUGAAGACGACUGCUGAACAGCAGGAGGCCAAGAGGAAAGAAAGGGAAGAGAAACUCAGCAAGUACCAGGCUGCCACAGGAAGGCUGUUUGAAAAGAGAAAGAAUGCUGAGCAUGAUGGUGAGGCCCUGGACCUGACGGGCCGUAUCCUGGCUCACAACUCUGACUUCCUCACCAUGUGGAACUACAGGAAGGAAAUCUUCCAGGCUUUCCACAAGGACAAGUCAUCAGAUGAGAUGCAGCAGCUGUACCAGGAUGAGCUGUCCUUCCUGGAGACCUGCCUGAAGUCCAACCCCAAGUCUUACAGUGUGUGGGAACAUAGGUGCUGGGUCAUGGACUGCAUGCCCCAGCCAAACUGGCAGAGGGAGCUGCUGCUCUGUGGCAAGUUUCUGGAGUAUGAUGAAAGGAAUUUCCACUGCUGGGACUACCGGAGGUUUGUUGUCCGUCGAGCCAACAUCCCCCCACAGGAGGAGCUGAAGUUCAGCACAGACAAGAUCAGCUCCAACUUCUCCAACUACUCCUCCUGGCACUACCGCAGCAAACUGCUGCCCCUGGUGCACCCCGACAUGGAGCAGCCCCAGGGGGUGGAGGAGACUGCACUUCUACAGGAACACGAGCUGGCCCAGAAUGCGUUCUUCACAGAUCCCAACGACCAAAGUGCCUGGUUCUACCAUAGGUGGCUUCUUGGCCGAGCUGAGAGAGACCAGUCUAUCAGGUGUCUCCACGUCUGUCGGCCAUUAAACCGGCUGGUUGCAACCUUCUCAAAGCAUUUAAAGGCAUCUGCUGCAACCCUCAAUGUAGUUAAAGAUGGUGAGGUCAUCACAGGGCGAUGGCACACCCCACGUGGCACUGACACAUUUGAACAGGUGUUGAUAUUUGAGUUUCCAGAACACAGUCUGACACCAGACAGAGAUCAGCACAUACAUGUGACGUUAGACACAGAGGCUGGGCUGGUGGGCAGGGAAUGUGUUCUAGGAGCAGGACAUCCUGAAGUAUUUAGUAGAGACAUCACAGAAAGUCAAGAGUUAUUCAGGUCAGAGCUGAGUGUAGCCAAGUCCUCUGUCCUGCAACAGGAACUGGAGUCCUGUCAGCAGCUACAUGAACUUGAACCUGACAACAAAUGGGCCAUCUUGUCCGUAGUACUGCUGAUGAGAGCCAUUGAUCCCAUCACAUACCAGGAGCAGACCCUACAGUAUGUGGAUAAGCUGACAUCCCUGGACAGCUACAGGAGAAACUACUACUCAGACCUCAGUAGCAGGUUCCUCAUAGAAAACACUGUCAUGCAGUCUGAGGAGGGGACCAACAAACUGGACCUGUCCGGGAAGGGUCUGACAUGUGUCCGUCACCUGGAUCACAUGACACUCGUAGUGCAGCUGGACCUGUCCAACAACCGACUGACCACCCUGGACAUCCCAGUCUACAUGUUGCAGUGUCUGAAAUUACUGCUGGCUGACAACAACAACAUAGAGAGUAUAGCAGGACUCACCAACAUGCCUCUACUGGGGAGGGUUUCCCUCAGGAACAACCGUAUAGCCAAAGCACAAGCCUUGGCACCUCUGGCAAGCUGCACCAAUGUGUCUGUACUGGACCUGGAGGGAAACCCUGUGUGCAGCACGGAGGGGUUUAAAUCCGACAUAGUCUCUGUUCUACAACAGAUUAAAGUUUUGGAUGGGAGCAAAAUAUAACCUGAAAUAGUCCUAAUUAUAUUUGAGAAGCAAAAUGGUUGGAGUACCAGUGUUUGAAACGUUGGCUACGGUGUAUUAAAAAGGAAGCAAAAUCAUGGAACCGGCAUGUUAUAAAUUGAAAUGAAUCUUCUUCCUCAAUCUUGUUGUCAACGAUGGCUCGACUGAAUGUUACAAAUUUAGACAACUGUUUGCUAUACAUGUAUGUAUAAGAUGAUGUACACCUUGCAAAGCAUUUUGAAGCAAACUAUAGCACAUACGUAGUGUCUUCCCUGUGGUGCAAAAAGUUUGUUCGCAAAUUUUGAAUGCCACUCUUUUAUGCAAUCAACGUAUUAAGUGCAGAAAAUACAAAACAAAAACAUUAUUGUUGUACUAUUGUUUUGUUGUCUGGCUAUCAGAAAUUAAACUCCAAGAGCUAUGAGUAUGAGCAAGAAAAAUGUAGCUUUGAAUACUACAUUCCAACUACAUAGGGGUGGGUAUAUAUAUACCAGUACAGAAACUAUAGAUCCAGGCAUUGUGUAGGUCCAAAGGACCUGAACCUGGACCUACUUGUGGAUGUGCAAUACUCAUCAAAACAAUGGUCUACAUUUUGUUUGUAUAUUGCUACAAAGGAUGUUUAAGUUGCUCAAGUUAACCACAACCUAAAAUUAGGGUUAGUAAAAAACUAAUUUUAAGUUGUGUUAAGAUGUGGUUUACUUGAAACACUCAUAACUUGCCAACAA